AUGGACAAGGCGAUGUUGGCUUUAUCGAUUAAAGACGAUGAAGAUGUUCCUUUUGAUAUGCCCGAUCUUCCUCAAUUCUACUCUUUUAAGAGGAAUGCAAACAGUCUCAUCGGUCGUCUUCUCAACCCUUCUCACCAAAAUAUGGCUAGCCUGAUCCUUGAUAUGCCAAGGAAAUGGCAGAAACAAAACAGGGUUAGAGGUGUUGCUCUCACUGAUGAAAGAUUCCAGUUCAUCUUCAACCAUGCAUAUGAUCUAGAAGAAGUUCUGGAAAAAAGAUUGACACAUGCAAGAGACCAAUGUCCUCUAAAGACAAGAUUCCAAGCAAAUGUUGAUGUCAAUGCGAAUCCAAGUUCUUCCUCUUCAGGACAACAACCUCCUGGAUCUCUCUCUGAAAAAGAUCCAUUGUUUGGGAUUUUAUCUGAUGAUCAAGUUGGGAUUCAUCCCAUUUCUGGAAGACCUCGUAUCGCUCCAGAAGUGCUACAAGAAAUGCGAAUCUAUUUACUAGCGGCUAAUGGAGAAGAUAGGAGCGUCAAAGAACAAAGAAUCAUUUCUUCGAUCAAAGAAGUAGAGAAGGAUCCAAUUUCGCAAAAGUCAAUCCUACAACUCAUACCUCCUCCAAUCGUUACCGAUGAUUUAAACAGAGGCAAAGGUCUUGUCUUUGAAUAUGAUUCGGACUCUUCACCACAAUCUUUACCUCAAGAUAAUCGUGGUACUAAACUCAUGUCUGCGGCAAUCUCUGCUGGCCGCUCUCUUCAUAUUCAGCCUCAAGCUCAUGGUAUGUCUCAAUCUUCAACCUCAUUGGUUCCUUCUAACAUUAUAAGCUCGACGGUUUCUCAGUUCAAUUUUCUUUUGACUGAAUCUACCGGAGCUUGUAAUGCAAAAGGUACCACAAGGAAAAGACCCGGCAAAUACAUAAGGAAAGCUAAAGUUCAAGACAAGAACCAAGAUCAUCUCUCCAAAGAAGAUUCUCAAGCUUCAAAAGAGAAGCUGUCUCUGAAAAGGAAAGCAGAAAAAGAACUGGCGGAUGCACCCAAGCCUUCAAAGCUUAAAACAUCGUUGAUGGUCCCAAAUGAGGGACUGUCCAAGGCUUAA